CUUGAACUGGAAUGACAAGUUGGUUCGUUAUCUUAUCAGCACGGAGCUCCCUCUGCCAUGCGCCAGCUCCACUGACCAUCGACCAUACAUACAGAUCCUCCAAAAGCCAAGACGAUCAAACUGCAAUAUUGCAAGUCAGAAGCUGAGAGAAUCUCCUAUGAGAGACUCAAAUCGAUCGUUGAAAUAGCAUUUGACCAUUCUUGGCGUGGCUCAGUCUCGUGCCCCUUCGACGUCAUCCCUCUAUCGCCUGUCUUUCUUGACACGUAGUGGUAGCUGGAAGUCUUCAAGCCAAAGAAACAAACCACUUCUAAACCGGCGCAACUUUCCCCUGCUACCCAGCACUUUAACCACAAACCACUACAAUGAUCUACUCUACGCAAAUAUCAAGGCUUGAUGGCCUUAUGCUCUGUGCCUCAGUCGAUGAUGAACAGGCCGAGUCCACCCUCGCAGAGACCAAGCAGAACGUGCGCCAGGUCCUCCGCAAGCUCACACGCAACUCCGAGUCCCAGGCCUCCAUCGAGACCCCCAACCAUACGCUGCACUACCUCAUCGACUCGGAUAUCGUCUUCCUCGCCAUCUGCGCUCCCUCGUACCCCCGAAAGCUUGCCUUUACCUACCUAGCCGACCUCGCACGCGAGUUCACAACCACCUACCCAGCAUCUCAGGUCCACUCUCCUACUCUGCGACCCUACGCUUUCAUGGAGUUCGACACCUUCAUCUCGAAGACAAAGACAACCUACGCCGAUUCCCGAGCCUCGGCUAACCUCGAUAAACUUAACGAUGAGCUGCGCGAUGUGACAAAGGUAAUGACCAAGAACAUUGAGGAUUUACUCUACCGUGGAGAUAGCCUGGAGCGCAUGGGAGAGAUCAGCUCGAGGCUGCGUGAUGAUAGCAAAAAGUAUCGACGAGCUGCUGUGCGUAUCAACUGGGAACUGCUUCUUAAGCAGUACGGACCCUUUGCGGCUCUUGGGUUCAUCAUCAUCUUUUUCCUGUAUUGGCGGUUCUUUUAAGAAAUGCAAGCGAGCUGUUUCUGUUCAUACAUCUAAUACUUAAGUCUGGCCACUUGUACUUUACUCUGGGAGUGUGCAAUUUGAGAGCUACGAUUCAACAUUUCAGGGGUAUAUGAGACCCAAGUAGUGUCAUUAUAUCAAGAGGGGAUGCUGCUGAGUUGUGUACUUAUGUGAUCAUUUAUGACAAGUUAAUUCGUCUAUCCGUGCUGGCUUUGGCAAUUCUUGCUAAUCAUAACCUCAAUGCUGCUCCUAAACCAUGCUGUCUCACCUAGGUAAUACCGUAUGAGACUCCAAACUCCAGAUGUCACCUGCUCUACCCAAAAUCAUCAAGGAAAACACCAUAUUUUUGUUAACAAGUCCCAAAACCGACCGCUUACUCUGAACUACAUCACUAUGCAAUUAUCUGAAGCCGCCUGUGCUUGAGAGGUUGGCGCCGUCACUGUAUGUUGCCAUUCAAGAUGUUCCUGAAACGCCUCCAUGUCUUCGUAGCCCAAAUCUGGUCGAUAUGCAUCCUCGUCAUCAUACUGCUCUUGAGGUUCUGUUGAUUCCACUUCGCAAUAUGGACACAGUAAACCGGCCUGCCAAUCCCGAGGUUGUGGUGCCAUAUGAUUUGCGAUGGCUACGGGCGCAAAUACAACCUGCUUCUCUUGGUGUCCAGACAAUGUAAACGCUGUUGCUUGCCAGUGAGGGUUAUCGAUUGUUGGUGAUAGUGUCAAAAUUGGAGACGCGGCGGCUUCUUGGAACGUCCGUAUCGAGGGCAUAUUCUCAAUAUCCUCCCAUACUAUGUGACCAUCACAAUAGUCGCAAACGAAAGCAAUAUCUCGAUCGCCAAAUCGCUUAAACGACCCAAUAGUAUUGCAUAAGCGUAGCUCCUCUCGAUAUCUUCUCGAAUACUCGGCCUCGUCUGGCACGGUCUUAUUUAACGUCCAUUGUCGCUGUUGUCGGUAGACGAGGAAAGCUCCCAAACAUCUUGCCGACCCUUCUUUUUCCGAGCUAUAUAUUCGACGUGCUGCUCGACAUUGUGCUCUGUGUAAUUUUCGCUGUAAAGCAUGUGUUUCGCGGACCCAUAUUGGGUUGAUUGGGCCGCCUGAGCGACUCCAAUCUCGUAUUUGUUCUAUAUGAGCUGUAAAUUGAGCUUUGAGAGCUCUCAAUUCCUCGAUGGAUUCAUCUGGCCAAUAAGUCAGUAAACGGAUCCAUCACUCAACUUUGUAGAAGCCUGAAGCCAAUGGGAAUGCCUGCAUCGGAGAACACGUACGUUUUCGGUCGGUUUCGUAGUAUAUCUGUCCAUUAACCAAAGGUGCCAAUUCUUGAAAGUCCUUCUUGGCUUCGUCCAACGCAGAAGCAAGGGCGUGUACUUGCUCGUGCUCGUCCGGUCCCCAAUGGCUCUUGUCGGCCAAACUGAGGAUUCGCAGUCCCUGAGAUAAAAGAGUCGCAAUGGCCGCAAGCAAUGACCCGACCGAGUCAAGGCUGCUCAUGAUUCGGUUUCGAGGAUAAGGUUUGCGAUUUUCCCCAAGUAUUGGGAGGGCGCGGGGUUGCGUCGAGGCAGGAUAACGUAAGCUCACAGUCUCGUGAAAGGGUAUAAUUCGUAGUAGAAAAAGCAAUGGAUUCGAAGUAGUAGAAAAACGUCAAUCACCGGCGUCGUCGCGGGGCGAGGGACUGAUGCGAUUGGGGGCGGCGCAUGAGGUUUCGUCGGCUCGAACCGGACUCCCCCGGCUCGAGAGAACAGGAGGUUACUGAACGAAGCUUGACUUGACGAUAUAGGUGACAAGAGCUCCAAGAUAGGGCGCACAGGAGCGUUCGGCUGUGCUAUUUAUUUACUUGGUUGUAUUCAUGUAACCAAGCAACCGAAGGCAUGAGGCUGAGCAAUUGGUAGGUACGUAAUGUUUGUAGCACUUCUGUUCAGGGUCCUUUCCGUUAUUGUCAAAGUGACCCUCGUGAAGAAGAGGCUGUGCAGGCAAAAAUACUGGGGGUUCCAAGGAUUGAUUCUUCAGACCGUCUAUUGAAGAGUUUCAGGGGAUGUAGAAGGAGAAAAAUAUGGUUAAAAAGAGAGUUGUCUCUAG